CAAUUACGCGGCGAGCGGGAGGAAGCGCCGUCCCUGGGUGCCAUCCAUCACCCGCGCCGAGCUGUCAGCGGCGGGCGGUGGGCGGCGGCUCCCCGUUCAUUAGACGUGGCCUGGGGCGCGGCAGGUCCGGACCCGGCUCCUCGCGGGCGAGUCGGCGCAGCGCAGGGAGGGAGGCCGGGCAGGGCGGGAAACGGGGCGACUGGGCCGGGGAGGCCGGGACGCUGCUGUGUCAAGGGCGGGCGGGGUCCCCAGGCCCAGGAGAGGUCCCCAGACCCCGGGCGAGGUCUGCAGCCCAGACGAGGUCCCCAGGCCCAGGGAGAUCCCCCAGACCCCAGGCGAGGCUUCCCAGACCCCUGGAGAGGUCCCCGGACCCCGGGCGAGGUCCCCAGAUCCUGGGCGAGGUCCCCAGAUCCUGGGUGAGGUUCCCAAACCGCGUCGAGGUCCCCAGACCCAAGUUAGAUCCCCAACCGCGUCGAGGUCCCCAGACCCUUGGCAGAACCCCCCGACACGGGCGAGGUCCCAGGCAGCCGGCGGGGAGACCCCAGGGCCGCUCCCUGCACCCAGCUCCCCGCCAGCCCCCGGGGUCAGGGGAGCAGCGAGGUGGCGGCCUCUGUCCGGGCGCGGCAGAGGGCUGACAGACCAGGUGCCCGCGGGGUGGAGGCUUGCGCCCCCGCAGGAACUUCCCUAACCCGCGGUGCGGUGGGGGGUGGAGGGAGGCAGCGCCCGGGAACCCUAAACCACCCCGAAGGCGUGUCCGGCCGCUGGGGGCAGGGGCGGGGCGCGCGGACAAUGGCGAAUCCCGGGUACCCCCCCCCUGCAGCCCUGUUGCUCGCUGGCGGCCUCUUCGCCUCGUUUGAAGGAGACGGAUGCGGGAGGCGCAGCUGCUCGUUAAUUAACCUCUAAUUAAGAUGCGGCGACAAGGGGAAGCGCCAGCUCUUCUCAGCAGGCCGGUUCCCGCCCCGUCGGACACGGGUCCGAGGCUGCGUGGGCGCCGCGCUAGCUGCACCUUCAGCCAGUCCCUUCUCAUUUUGAACAAGUGUUUGAGGGGUCUCAGGAGCUCGGGGUUGGGGGGCGCCGGCCUGGGGGUGCUGACCCCGCCCCCUCCCCCGCAGCGCCUAGGAGCCCGAGGCCCGCGCGCAGGACGACCCCGGGCCCCCCCCCCCCGCCAUGUCCUACCCGCAGUUCGGGUACCCCUACUCCUCGGCUCCCCAGUUCCUCAUGGCCACCAACUCUCUGAGCACGUGCUGCGAGGCUGGGGGCCGCUCGCUGGCCGAGUCGGGGGCCCCUGCGCCCCCUCAGGCGCCCGUUUACUGCCCGGUGUACGAGGGCCGACUGCUGGCCCCAGCGCGCCCCGACCUCAGCCCGGCACUGGGCGUCUACGGGGGCGCGUAUGCGGGGGCGCAGACCUACAGCAACUACGUGACCUACGGGGAGCCCUCCGCCUUCUACUCGCUGAAUGGCUUCGACGCCAAGGACUCCACGGGAUCCGCACACGCAGGCCUGGCGCCCCCCACCGCCUACUACCCCUACGAGCCUGCGCUGGGCCAGUAUCCCUAUGACAGGUACGGGACGGCGGACAGCGGCACCCGUCGCAAAAACGCCACGCGGGAGACCACGGCCACGCUCAAGGCCUGGCUCAACGAGCACCGCAAGAACCCCUACCCCACCAAGGGCGAGAAGAUCAUGCUGGCCAUCAUCACCAAGAUGACCCUCACGCAGGUGUCCACCUGGUUCGCCAACGCGCGCCGGCGCCUCAAGAAGGAGAACAAGGUGACCUGGGCCCCGCGCAGCAAGUGCCCCGACGACAAGCGGCCGGGCUGCGAGGACCGGGACCCCGGGGAGCUGCACAAGGGCGCCGGGGCUGCGCCAGAGCCAGAGAGGAAGGAGGAGAAGGAUCUGGAACUCAGUGACCUGGAGGACUUUGAGCCGCUGGAGGCGGAGCCCCCGGACUGCGAGUUGAAGCCCUUCGAGCGCCUGGACGCGGGGCUGGACAAGGGCCCCACCCGGCCGGCCCCCGACCCCGAGCGCGCUCUGGGCGGCCUCCUGGGACCCGAGACGGGCGUGGGCUGCGGCCCUCGGGGCUUCUCUGCUGGGGCGCGGGGCAGCGUGGAGGCCAAGCCCCGCAUCUGGUCCCUGGCGCACACGGCCACCCGCCAGGCCGCCCUCCCCGCCUGCAUGCUCCGACGCCAGCCCCCCGCGCCCCCCGAGCGCCCCCAGGACUCGCCCGUCACCAGCCUCAGAAACUGGGUGGACGGGGUAUUCCACGACCCCCUCCUCAGGCACAGCGCCCUGAACCCGGCCUGGGCCUCGGCCAAGGGCGCGCUGCUGGACCCCGAAGGCGCCAAGGACGCGCUGGGCCCACCCGCGCAGCGGCAGCCCUUCUGCGCCUAGAGGCCGCCUGACUGCGCCCUCCCCCUGCACCCCGCCCGAAGGAGUGUCGCGAAGCCCCGGACUGCACUGGCCUGGCCUCGGGGUCUGGGACGGGGGUCACGGCGGGCCUGGCGGGGGCCCCCCUGCACGGACCCGCCCGCACCCCGCGCCUCCCGCCGCACUCAGCCGUGAAGUAUUUUGUAUGGUGUCCUCGCCCGUCCGCCCGCGCCCAAUACAAGGACCUCGACAGCGAA